AUGGCACCCAAUGUCUCUUGCGGCUGUGUCAGAACCGCCGAUCAGUCAAUGCCGGAUCUGAAGUCUGCCAUGUUCCCGCAGUUCGAUCUGUCUGAGACAGAUUCUGAGCACCUGGAAUUUACCAGCCGGAUCUACCACGUUGCACUUGAUGAUCUGAGAGACACGUGCUCUGCUCUCUGUGCAGCAUGGGCGAUCCUUCUUGGCUGCUUCACCGGGCUGGAUGAUGUGUGUUUCGGCUUUGACAGUCAGCACAGCGUUACCGAAACGUCGGGACUUGCAGAGCGCAUGAGACAAACGGUGCAUGCCCGUUUGCCUGCCAAUCAGCGCGUUGGAGAAAUUCUCAACGGCAGCUUUUCGUCGCUGGUGUUGAUGAGCGAUGAAAAGGCCAAAACGCUAUUCAACACGAUUCUGUCAAUUCAGAACCAGGGAAAUGAGCCUAGAAACAAUGGCGGACAACAUCCUUUGUGGUGCAAAAUUCGCAUGACAGUAGAUCCCGCGACGCUUGAAACUGUCUUGACAUGGGACCCUUCUUUUAUGGGCCAAGAUCAAGCAGAGAACAUCAGCAGCACCUUCGACAAGAUUUUCAGGGAAAUCAUCAACCACCCGGAGACUCUCCUAUCACAAAUCAGCUUCUUCAGUGAGCGAAAUGAGCGACAAGUUUUGGCCUGGAACAGCAACCCUUUGAGAAAUGUGCGCAAGUGCAUCCACCAGGCCGUGUCAAUGCAAGGAGCGUUGAGACCCGAUGCAGAAGCCGUUUGUGCUUGGGAUGGAAGCUUUUCCUACCAACAGGUCCUUUCACUAGCAGAUCGUCUGGCCUGUCGUCUGCAAGCCUCAGGAGUCGGGUCUGAAGUCUUUGUGCCCAUCUGCUUUGACAAGUCCAAAUGGGUUGUUGUUUCCAUGCUCGCAGUCCUCAAAGCAGGCGGCAUCUUUGUCCCUCUCGACCCUUCGCAACCGCUGCUUCGUCUACAAUCUCUCGCGCAAAAGGUGGAAGCCAAGACGAUCUUGUGCUCUCCUCAGCAUCAGCGCACGCUGGAGAGCGUAGCGCCAGAGUUGAUCCCUGUCGAUGAGCAGCUAUUCACCGAGCUACCCGAACAGAGCGACGAGGUUGACUGUGGAUCGUGGCAGAACGGAGCCUACAUGAUAUUUACGAGUGGCACAACGGGCGAGCCCAAAGGAGCCCUCAUCCAACAUAGAGCUCUCAUGUCGAGCGCUCUUGCUCACGGGCCUGCUAUGAUGAUGGACUCCAACACGCGAUCGUUCCAAUUCGCUGCGUCUACGUUUGACGUGAGUAUCACUGAGAUCUUGACGUGUAUGAUCUUGGGUGGAUGUGUCUGCAUACCCAGCGAAGACGCUCGCCUCAACGCAGUUGAAGAGGCCAUCACCGAGCUCCGAGCAAACUGGGCGCUUUUGACCCCGACGUUUGUCAAGUUCAUUAACCCCGCCAACGUCCCGACCUUAAAGACACUCGUUACUGGCGGAGAGGCCAUGACGCAGGCUGUUAUUCGCUCAUGGUCGCACAUCAACCUCAUCAACUGCUAUGGGCCUGCUGAAACCUCUGUUGUUUCACACGUCCACCGAGGCAUGGUGCAAGGGACCAAUCCGUUGAACAUUGGCCACCAGGUCGGCAUAAACUGCUGGAUCGUGGAUCGGGACAAUCAUGACCGUCUCAUGCCCGUUGGUGCAGUGGGCGAGCUGGUCAUUGAGGGCCAUACGCUCGCACGCGAGUACUACAAGGAGCCCGAGAAAACGCAAGAAGCCUUUAUUGAAGAUCCAUUGUGGGCAAGGAACCAACCGUCGCGGAUUGGUCCUAGACGAAUGUACAAGACGGGCGAUCUGGUCAAGUACAACCACGACGGGACGUUUCAUAUCGCCGGACGCAAAGAUGCGCAGAUCAAGUUUCACGGGCAACGCAUCGAGCUUGGGGAGAUAGAGCAUCACAUCAAUGCCAGUGCCAGCAUCAAGCACGGCAUGGUAGUCCUACCAAGAGAAGGGUUCUGCAAUGGUCGACUUUUGGCCAUUGUGCAGCUCUGUGAUGCCAUGAGUGAAGAUCUCGUACCCAAUGGUCAACCAUAUAAGCUCAUCGGGGGCGAUCUUGAGAGCACUGCGCAGGAAAAGAUUGCCGAGACCAAGGAGCUGCUUAGCGAGAGGCUGCCCUCAUACAUGGUACCGUCCAUGUGGCUUGCCGUCGAGUUUAUCCCUCGUCUCCAGUCUGGAAAACUGGAUCGGAAGCAGACAGCGAAAUGGAUCGAUAGUAUGAGCGAGGCUCUGUAUCGUCAACUCAAUCCUGUGGCAGCAGUCGUGCAACGAUCGGGGGAUCUCGAGUGCGGAAGCAAGACUGAGUUGGAGCUACACAAGAUCUGGGCCUACGUCUUGAACCUCAAGGAAGAACAGCUUGGCCUCGCACAAUCCUUCCUCAGCGUCGGUGGUGACUCUAUCUCGGCGAUGCAAGUCAUGAGUGAGUGCAAGAAACGCGGUCUCGGGCUGGCAGUUUCGCACAUCAUCAACUGCAAGUCCAUCAGCGCUCUGGCUCUACAGGUCAAGGACAUUGAGAGGCCCACGCUGCUGCACGAGACGGUUGAAAUACCGUUUGACCUCUCGCCUAUCCAGAAGCUCUACUUUUCCAGACCAAACUACGAGCAGGGCCAUUACAACCAGAGCUUUUUGCUGCGGACGAGCCAGCGUAUUCAUGAGGCAGAUCUGCGCAAGGCAAUGGAGAUUCUUAUUUCCAGGCACUCGAUGCUCCGUGCGCGGUUCCAGCAGGAUGUUGGGGGGGAGUGGCAGCAACGCAUCACCAGCGACAUUACGUCCUCGUAUCGACUGCGUGGCUUGAAACUGAUUUCACAAGAGGACGUCGAUGAGUCGCUUGUCCACAGCCAGACCUGUCUAGAUCCUGUACGAGGUCCACUUGUCGCUGCUGACCUGAUCGACCGAGGGACAGAAGAGCAGCUCUUGUUCGUCGUGGCGCAUCACCUGGUCAUCGACCUUGUAUCCUGGAGAAUCAUACUUCAAGAACUCGAGGAGAUCUUACUACGACCCGAAGCUGUGUACGACGCAGAUCGUCCGCUUCCGUUCCAGGUCUGGUGCAAGAUGCAGUCUGAACAUGCCGAAACGCAGACGCCAGACCAAGUCCUGCCAAUUCACGGCAUUCCAGACGGCGAUGCUGGGUACUGGGGUAUGACAGAUAUUCCCAAUAUCUAUGGGCAGAUGGUCCGUCAAGGCUUUGAGAUCGGGCCACACCAGACAUCUUUACUUUUAUCGAAAUGCCACGACGCACUACGCACAGAGAUCCCGGAUGUUCUCAUGGCAGCGAUGGUGUAUUCCUUCGGCCAGACCUUCACCGACCGUCCAAUCCCAGCCAUCUUUGCAGAAGGUCACGGCAGAGAAGUCUGGGACAACUCAAUCGACCUGUCGAACAUCGUCGGAUGGUUCACUACCAUUUACCCCGUCUUUGCUGGAUCAGAUGCUCAAUCCAGUCUCAUCGACACAGUCAAGAUGAUCAAGGACGCAAGGCGCAAAGUUCUCGACAACGGCCGGCCUUACUUUGCGAGUCGCUGGCUGACGAAGGAGGGUCAAGAAGCAUUUUCUCGUCACUGGCCUUUGGAGAUCACCUUUAACUACCUGGGCCAGUACCAACAGCUGGAGCGUGAGGGCGCUCUCUUCACUCCCGAGAGCAACAUCGCUGGCGAGAUUAGAGAGGCAAGCCAGGGUGCAGAUGUUGGGCCUCUGACAGCCUGCAUCUCCCUCUUCGAGGUGUCCGCCGUCAUAGUCAAGGGAUCUCUCCGUUUCUCAUUCGGGUUCAACCAGAACAUGAAACACCGACCGCAGAUCCAUCAGUGGAUUUCCAGCUGCGAGCAGAGCCUCAGCCAAGUCAUUACAUCCCUGGCUUCAAUGGCACUAGAGCCUACUCUAAGCGACUUUCCGCUCCUGUCCCUGACAUAUGAUCGUCUGAGGGUAUUCACAGAGGAGAAGCUCCCCGAGGCUGGAAUCACAGACGUGGGCCUUGUUCAAGACGCCUACCCUUGUUCGCCUAUGCAGUCAGGGCUCUUGGUCAGCACCACUAGGGAGAACGCUGCUUACGCUGCCUACACACUCCAUGAGAUCAAGAACAGAAGCGGCGACAGGGUGGAUGUUGUCAAGCUCAUCACUGCUUGGAAGCGCAUGGUGCAGUACCAUCCUAUUCUCAGGACUAUCUUCUUGGAGAGCGUGACGUUGGAGGACUCUAUCUACGACCAGGUGGUGCUCAAGGAAGUUCAAGUUCCAUUCACUGUUUCUGAGAGCGGCACGGAUGAGGAUGCGAUUGCAGCACUGAAGGUACCCAUGAACCAUGGCGACAACUCAUCACGACUACUACACCAUUUCCACAUCUGCAAAGCAAAGAGCGGCAAGGUCUUCUGUAGACUAGACAUCAGUCAUGUCAUCAUGGAUGGCACUUCGCUGUCGAUCCUCUUCCGCGACCUUGCACUGGCAUAUCAAGGGCUCCUCACGGCUGAAACAGGCCCGCUGUAUCGCGAUUACAUCAACGCUCUCCAAAAGCAGCCGGUCCAACCCGGCGUCGACUACUGGAAGUCUUACCUAGCGGGUAUCGAGCCAUGUCUCUUCCCAGUUCUGGACGACGGGGAGAUUGCAGAGGUCAAGGAGCUGCGACACUUGCGUGUCAGAUUUGACGAGCUCGCUGAGCUGCAGAGUCUUUGUGAGCGACAAGGAGUCACUAUUGUGAAUGCCAUCUAUGCUGCGUGGGCAGUCACGUUGCGUUUAUACACUGGCUCCGAUGAGGUUUGCUUCGGCUAUCUAACAUCAGCUCGUGAUCUACCAAUCGAAGGUAUUCGUGAUGCCGUCGGUCCCAUCAUCAACAUGGUCACAUGUCGUGUCAACGCUGAUAGCACGACAAGCUUGGCGGACAUGAUGGGCUCAGUGCAGAGGGAUUAUCUCGAGAGUCUAGAGUAUCGCCACACGCCGCUGGCCCAGGUUCAUCACGCCCUUCAGCUCUCUGACGCUGUUCUGUUCAACACAGCAUUGUCGUACAGAAAGCUACCGCCAGCGACACAGACGCACCUCGUGUUUGAGGAAUGCUGCCCUACCUACGAUCCUGAUGAGUACAACGUGUCGGUCAACAUUGAGGCAGGCGAGCACGACAUGGCGAUUGACUUGAUGUACUGGUCUGACACUCUGUCGGAUGGGCAAGCUGCCAAUGUCGCUAGCACUUUUACAAAGGCGCUGAGCAAUAUUCUACAUCAUUGCGACCAGACCAUUGCUCAGCUCGACCACUUAGGUUCCUCGCAUAGCAACCAGAUUUCUCAGUGGAACCAGCGGAUUCCUGACGCCAUUGAGAGCUGCGUGCAUGAAUUGUUCAAGCAGCAGGUUGCCUCACGGCCCGACAGCCCCGCGAUUGUCUCAUGGGAUAUGGGCUUUACGUACGCCGAGCUUGAUGCGGCCUCUGACAGACUCGCCCAUCAUAUUGCCUCCUUGGGCGUCGGUCUAGAGACUUUUGUGGUCGUCUGCUUCGAGAAGUCAGCCUUCGCCAUAGUUUCGAUGCUGGCUAUUCUCAAAGCUGGCGGUGUAUGCGUGCCUCUGGACCCAGCGCACCCGGAAGCUGCGCAUCGACUUCGUGUCGAGGAUACGGGGUCUACUAUCGCCCUUGUAUCUCCCUCGUUAGUGUCCAAGCUCAGCUCCCUCGUCACGACCGUCGUCGCUGUGGACGCAGAUCUACUUCAGACUAUCUCUACGGCGCCUGAGCCACCUCUUCCUCCAGUCACGCCCGACAACGCCUGCUUCGUCAUCUACACAUCCGGCAGCACAGGACGUCCCAAGGGUGUAGUCCUCGAGCACAGAGGCAUCGCCAGCAACUCCAUGUACUCAGGCCCCCGGCUAGGUUACGGCCCAGACUCGAGGGUGUUGCAGUUCGCUUCAUACACUUUUGACAAUAGUCUCGCAGAGAUUUUCAGCACUAUCAGUCUGGGAGGCUGCGUAUGCGUACCCUCGGACCACGAGAGGCUGAACGAUUUGGCCGGAGCCAUCAAUCGUCACAGCGUCACAUUAGCUGACAUAACACCCACUGUGGCUUGCUUCCUCGAGCCAUCGGAUGUUCCGACUUUGAAGACUCUGGCUCUUGGAGGUGAAGCGGUGACUACCAAGUGCGUUGGAAUCUGGCGGGACUUUGUGUCUCUGCGAUGUUGCUACGGGCCGUCGGAAUGCUCCGUCAAUUCGACUUACUCUGGAGAUAUCGCCCAGCCAGGUAAGGCCAACAACAUUGGCCGUGCCAUUGGUAGUGUCGCUUGGGUAGUCGAUGCGACUGAUCACAAUCUUCUCGUCCCAAUUGGCUGCGUUGGUGAACUCCUCAUUGAUGGUCCAAUCGUGUCUAGAGGCUACCUGAACCUCCCAGAGAAGAUGGCCCAGUCCUUUGUUCCUCCACCCGCCUGUAUCGAGGGAAUCACUGAGAACGGUAGCCGGGAUCGCAAGCUCUACAAGACCGGCGACCUUGUGCGCUACAACUCUGACGGCACACUUACCUACCUUGGGCGGAAGGAUACCCAGGUCAAGCUCAACGGCCAGCGCAUCGAACUUGGAGAGAUUGAGCACCAUAUUGAGGAGAAUCUCCCCAAGGGCUGGGAAUCUGCCGUGGAGCUCGUCACAUCACAGGGCAGAAAGUUGCUCGCCUGCUUCAUAUGUGGCGAUGCCGAUAUUUCCCUCAGAGAAACCAGCGAUGAUAGCAUGGUGCUGGACAUGGAAGACUGGUUUAGGUCUCACGCCAAGAAGCUCGAGAUUGUGCUUUUCAACGCAGUUCCCGCCUACAUGGUUCCAUCGGCGUGGCUCCCUGUCUCCAAGAUGCCUCUUACUUCCUCAGGCAAGCUCAAUCGGCGCAGCCUUAGGAUUCUGGGAGAGUCGGUGCCGACAGCCAGGAUGAAGACCUACAAGCUUGCCCUCAAGAGCGGCAGGGCACCGUUCAGCGAGGUGGAGAAGCAGCUGGCAGCGAUGUGGGCUCAGCUGCUUGACAUCGACGUGGCGUCUAUCGGAGUCCAAGAUCACUUCUUCAAGCUUGGAGGAGACUCGAUUGGGGCCAUGCAGCUUGUGACGCUUGCUCGAUGCUCCAAUAUUGACCUGACAGUGGCUGGAGUGUUCCAGAAGCCAUCCCUGCUGGACAUGGCGGAGUCGGCUGUGCCGUUGUCGAAGGCCCCAACCAUGACAUACCGGCCAUUCUCGUUGUUGCCUAGCGAGUGUUCGGUCGCCGCCUUGAGACAGACUGUUGCAGACUCUGCUGGAAUAGACGUUGGCAAUGUUGAAGACAUGUAUCCUUGUUCCGCACUGCAAGAGGGUCUUAUGGCUCUCUCAACUAAGGAGCCUGGGGCUUAUGUGGCGCAACUCGUCUAUCGACUGCCAGCCGACAUCGACACCGUCAGGUUCCAGAACGCCUGGAGCACCGUGGUGGAAGCUGAGCCAUCGCUGCGCACAAGGAUCGUUCAUACAGAGGAUGUUGGGUUCGUGCAAGUUGUUGUCGUCGAGGAAGUACCCCAAUGGUCCCUGUUUGCCAGCCUCUUUGAUGCCAACGCGAUAAGACACCAGCUCCCACUGCAUAACGGUGCAAGAUUGACCAGCUACGGUCUCGUUGACGAUGUCUCUGCAGGCAAAUGCUUUGUCUGGACUAUCCAUCAUUCCAUCUACGAUGGCUGGUGUCUUCCUCUCAUCCUCGACAAGGUCAAGCGAUGCUACCAUGACGAUUUGAGUUCCACGCAACUCAAGGGCCCUGACUACUCCAACUUCAUCAAGCACCUCACGGACCGGGACCCGAAGCAAGACAGCAACUUCUGGAUGUCGCAUCUUUCGAACAUGUCCACCCAGCACUUUCCACGUCUUCCCAACGCCGAGUACCAGCCUUCCUCAACGAGCCUGAUGGUUCAUAAAGCAACAUUGGAGAGCACACCAGGAUCAGAGAUCACCGCCGCUACUAGAAUCCGCACAGCCUGGGCGAUGGCGGUCUCUACCUACUCUGGAACCAACGACGUCGUCUUCUGGGAGACUAUGACAGGACGCGAUGCUCCGGUCGUCGGGAUCGAGGAAAUGGCGGGUAUCACGUUGGCUACUGUGCCAACACGUGUAGUCAUUGAGCCUUCACAAACUGUCGCUACAUUACUUGCCUCUGUGCAGGAUCGGUCCGCAGCUGUGAGGAACCACCAGUUCGCCGGUAUCCAGUCUAUCAGGAACAUCAGCGCUGAUACUGCCCUUGCUUGCGGCGCUCAGAACCUCUUGGCCAUCAACUACGGACCUCGGGAGUCGACUGAUACAUUUUGGUGCGAGCAGUCAAACGAGAUGGCCGGUACGAACUUCUAUUCCUCAUACCCGCUCAUGCUCUCGUGUCACUUUGCGGAUGGCGAGCUCGAGACUGUCGUGCACUUUGAUCCCAACGUUGUACCUGAGCCUCAGAUGCAGCGUAUCAUGGAUCAAUUUGCGCUGAUGCUUGAGUCCGUGUCGUCGUCUGACCUAUUGGAUGAGAAGCUUCGCGAUGUACCUUUGUUGAGCUGCAGUGACCUACAGGCGCUGCGUGAUAUGAACCAUACUCCCCUACCCCCCUCAGGGCGACUCAUUCACGAGGCUGUUGAGGUUCAGACGCUGGCUCAACCACGAGAUAAACUCGCUGUCGUGUCGUGGGACCAAAGCCUCACGUACGCUGAUCUGGACUCUCAAUCUACACAUCUGGCUGGUGUAUUGAUGGCAAAUGGCGUCUCAGUCCACUCCAUCGUUCCUUUCUGCAUGGACAAGUCAUCUCUUGUCGUUGUAUCCAUCCUGGCCAUUCUCAAGUCGGGUGCUGCCUUUGUGCCUCUCGACCCAGCACACCCCGAUGCUCGGAUCCAAGGAAUUCUCACAGACACUGGUGCUACAGUCGUUCUCUCGUCUGAUCAGCACGCCGAGCGAUUGACGAAGCUCGGAUCACAGGUCAUCACUGUCUCGCAGGCUCUAGCAACCCAAGCCCAAGACGCUCCAACCAACCCAGCGCCUCUAUCACUAUCCACCGCCAGUCCAGCUUACAUCAUUUUCACCUCUGGCACGACUGGGAAGCCCAAGGGAACCAUUGUGGACCACUCCGCAUUUUACACUGGUGCCUAUGCCCACGGUCGCGCCAUGGGCAUGACAGAGUCGUCACGCGUCUUACAGUUUGCCUCAUAUACAUUUGACGCCAGUAUCAUGGAGAUCCUCACCACGCUUAUCCAUGGCGGGACAGUUUGCGUUCCAAGUACCGACGAGCGCCUCCACGAUCUUGCAGGGGCUAUCAACAGAUUGAACGUAAACUGGGCUCUAUUGACGCCUUCGGUGGCCCAGCUGCUCCAGCCCUCGCUUGUCCCUGGUCUCGAGACAUUGGUGCUCGGAGGUGAGGCCAUGUCUUCUGCUCAUAUCUCUUCGUGGGCGCCGUCAAUUCGUCUCAUGAACGCAUACGGACCAAGUGAGACUGCUGUGGUGGCUGCUGUCAACCCAAGUGUUACACUGGAUUCUUCGCCCUCGGAUAUCGGUCAUGCUGUGGGUGGUAUCUGCUGGGUCACUGAUGCCGCCAAUCACGACAGACUCAUGCCCAUCGGCGCUGUUGGCGAGCUCGUGAUAGAAGGCCCCAUCCUCGCUCAAGGGUAUCUGAAUGACCCCCAGAGAACGGCAGUUUCCUUCAUCUCCAACCCGAAGUGGUGUAGACAGUUCCCAACGACUGCUGCCAACAGGGAACGCAGGUUCUACAAGACCGGAGACUUGGUCAAACUUACUGAGGACGGGAUCGAGUUCCAUGGGCGCAAAGAUGAUCAAGUCAAAGUCAACGGUCAGAGAAUCGAGCUGUCGGAGAUUGAGCAUCAUUUGGGCGCGGACCCUGCCGUCGAGUCUUGUCUGGCGGCUGUUCCAGCUUCCGGCCCGUUCAAAGCCCGCCUCGUAGGCAUUCUAUCCUUCCACUCUGAUGUUUCGACCAAGGCAGAGAUGACUGGAGACGAAGAGAUGCAGAUCCUGACCAAGUAUGAUUCAUCCAUCUUGGUGGGUAUUCGAGAUGGUCUCGCAAGGCAUUUGACAUCCUACAUGAUCCCAUCUUUGUGGAUUAUCGCAAGCCAUUUUCCCCUCCUCCCCUCUGGAAAGCUUGAUCGUAGGCGCACCAUGCGAUGGGUCGAGGACAUGACUCUUGAAGACUACCAUCUCGUUCUUGACGCGCAGGAAGAUGCGUCUGCUCUGGAUAGAGAUGCAUCGGAAGUGGAGAUCAAGCUUAGGGCUGCGUGGGCCAAGGCUCUCAGUCUCAAGGUCGACAUGGUCCCGUUCAAGCAGUCGUUUAUCCACCUCGGCGGCGAUUCGAUAUCCGCCAUGAAGCUCAUGGCCAUUUGCCGCUCGGCUAACAUGGCUGUGUCGGUCGGCCAGAUCAUGCGAGCCAAGUCCAUUAUCGACCUUGCCUCUGCCGUCACCAACGUCAAGGAAGUACUGUAUGAUGAGGAACAGCUGGACAAGUCUUUUGAACUGUCACCCAUUCAGAAGGUUUACUUUCAGAGUAUUGGUCGAGGUUCUCACCACUUCAACCAGAGCAUGACUUUGGCUACCACCCGCAGCAUCACCUCACAGGAGCUCUCGAAUGCAUUGCACCGUAUCGUCGAGAUGCAUAGCAUGAUGCGUGCUCGUUUCUCGCAGGUCGAUGGCAACUGGACACAGCGGAUCACUGGCGAUGUCGCUGGCUCCUAUACCCUCCGUUCACACGGUAUCGUCAACGAGAAGCGUCUCCUGGAUUUGGUCAUGGAGAGUCAGACUACCCUAGACAUUUUUGAUGGACCGAUAUUCGCUGCCAACAUGUUUCAAGUGGAGGGAACUGGCGACCAGAUCGUCACAUUCGUGGCUCAUCACCUCAUUGUCGACGUCGUGUCUUGGAACAUCAUCCUACAGGAUCUGGAAGGUCUCUUAUCAGCAUCUGCCUACAGCCCGUCGAAAUCACUAUCCUUCCAGAUGUGGAGCUCCAAACAACACGACGAAGCUCGGAAGGCUUCGCUGGAGCGUGUGUUCCACGACAUUCCAGUUCCUCCACAGAGCCACCGAUAUUGGGGAAUGGAAGGCGUACCGAAUCUUCACAGCGACUCGGUCACUGAGACCAUGAACAUCCCGACCGAUACAUCAACCCUGCUCUUAGGCAACAGUCACGACGUUGUUGAUGUGUUGCUAGCAGGGCUGUUAGCAUCCUUCCGCCAAAGCUUUCCAGACCGGCCUUCGGUGCCCCCAAUAUUCAACGAGGGUCAUGGGAGAGAGCCUGCCGAUGACACUGUGGAUCUAUCACGCACCGUUGGAUGGUUCACCACUCUCUGUCCUGUUUUCCUCCCCGAGGUCAUUCCCGCCGAACACGACAUUCUCGAUGUCGUGUGCUGGAUACGGGACUUCCGAAGGAAGCUUCCCGCCAAUGGUCGACCCUACUUUGCUCAUAGCAUGCUACCUAACUCGAAGUCCCAGAUCGAGUUCCCAGUGGAAAUUGCCUUCAAUUUCCUCGGUCAUACACAGGACAUGGGAACGGAGGACUCGGUGUUCAAGUCUGUCGACGGAAACAUGUUGAGCUCUUUGAGCUCGCAAUCCGACAUUGGAGGCAACAUCCCACGACUAGCCCUCAUCGAGAUUUCAGCAUCUUUCACUAACGAGGGCUUAACCUUUGACUUUUCUUUUAACCGCCACAUGGAACGGCAGUCAUCUUUGAGCAGAUGGAUCCAGAGCUGCAGGGACUACAUACACCAAGCAUCUCAAAGGCUAUCACAGGUUACGCGAGAGCCAUUGACGGAUCUAUCUCUGCUGCCUCUGGCCUUCAAGAAGGAGUCGCAGGUUCAGCAGAACCUCGCUGUGGCGGGCAUUUCUCUUGACAAUGUUGAAGCAGUUUAUCCAUGCUCUUCGGUUCAGCAGGGCAUCCUCUUGUCCCAGAUCAAGGACCCCGGAUACUACUCUUACUCGAUCACCUUUUCGGUUACAUCCACACGACCAAGCGAUGUGAUCGACGUGCAAAGGCUAUCAGACGCUUGGAAGCGUGUGGUUCGUCGCCAUUCUGCACUACGAACUGUCUUCAUGGACAGUGUACUACAAGAGGGCGCUAUCAGUCAAGUCGUUCUAAGGAACCAUGAUGUCAACCUUUCCAUCAUCGAAUGUCCCGCCACAGAGGUAGACCUCAGACUCAGUAACCAGCAACCUCUUGGUCUUCCUACGAAUCAGCCACCUCACCGUCUCACAAUCUUCGACACCGCAGAGGGCACUGUGUCAUGUGUUCUAGAGAUGAGCCAUGCCAUCUCCGAUGGAACUUCUAUGCCACUUCUUUUCCGCGAUCUUGGUUUAGCGUACGAGGGCAGCCUGAAUACUUUCCAACUUGGAGUCUACAGAGACUACGUCUCCUUCUUACAGCGGAGCGGAGGCUCUCAGGAUGCCAAGUACUGGAAGGAUUAUUUGGACGGCGCUGAGCCUUGUUGUCUGCCUCUGCUUACGGACGGGACUACAUCACCCAGGACUCUUCGAACCCUUGCCCAAGGUAUCUCGCAUCCCUCUGAGCUUCAAACGCUCUGCACCGAACGAGGCAUCACUCUAUCCAACCUGCUACAAUUGGCUUGGGCAUUGGUUCUUCAGGCAUACACAGGCCUUGAUGAUGUGUGCUUCGGCUAUCUUGUCGCUGACAGGGACGUACCCGUCAGUGGUAUUGACGAGGCAAUUGGCGUAUUUAUCAGUAUGCUCGUCUGCCGAGUCCGUCUCGACCCAUCCACCAACCUCGACAAUGCUCUGCGAACCAUCCAGGACGACCUCGCCACGGCCAUGAAUCACAAGAAUGCCUCCCUUGCCAGCUUUCAGCAUGCCAUGGGUAACUCCAACGAGCCUCUCUUCAACACCGCCUAUUCUUUCCAACGUAGAUCAGUCUCCAAAGACAUGGCAGCUGGUGCAGUCUCGUUCGACGUCAGAGAUGCGCAAGACCCUAGCGAAUACGACAUGACAGUCAACGUCGAAGUCUGGGACUCUAGUGUCGAGCUCCAGUUAUGUUACUGGCAAGACAAAGUCUCAGACGCGCAGGCCGCCAACAUUGCCUCUACAUUUGACCAGGUCCUUUCCUCAAUGGCGAGAUGUGACACGGCACUCCCGAUCGGAGAACUGGAUAUCCUCAGCGAUCUCGGUAGACAGCAGUUGAUGUCGUGGAACAACAAUGAGCCUGAGGUCUUGAAUGACUGUGUGCACCACGUCUUUGAGCAUAACUGUGAAAGACUGCCAGAACAUACACCGGCCAUCGAUGCGUGGGAUGCCGCCUUUACCUACUCUGAACUCGAUGCAGCAGCUUCACGAUUCGCUCAGUACCUCGUCUUUCUCGGCAUCGGGCCCGAAACAUACGUCCCGCUGUGUUUCCAAAAGUCAGCAUGGACCGUCGUUGCCAUGAUGGCAGUCCUCAAGGCCGGCGGUGCCUUUGUUCCUCUGGAUCCUACUCAUCCACCCGACCGUAUCAAGUUCCUGGUUAGUAACGUCGACGCCAAGCUCAUCAUUUGCUCCACCUCCUUGAAAGCCAAGUUCGACAGCCUGCAUCUUCCCGCUAUUCCCCUUGGUAGGGACACUAUGUCUUUACUUCCCCCGGUUCUACCGCAAUCUCCCAGGAUCGAUGUUAGGCCUGACAACGCUGCGUACAUCAUCUUCACUUCGGGUACGACAGGUCUUCCCAAGGGCACGAUUAUCGAACAUGCAUCUUUUACCACGGGAGGCACCGCUCACGCCAAGGCUAUCAUGAUGACAUCGUCCUCACGCGUGCUGCAAUUCGCGUCGCACACAUUCGAUGCCAGCGUCAUGGAGAUCCUCUCCACCUUGUUGGUAGGCGGCUGUAUCUGCAUCCCCAACGACCAAGACCGCAUGGACGAUUUGUCGGGCGUCAUUACCAAGUUCAAUGUGAACUGGACGCUGCUCACACCAUCAGUCGCGGGAGUCCUUAAGCCAGGCAGUAUCCCUGCCCUCAAGGUCCUUGUCACCGGCGGCGAGGCAAUGUCAAGAGACCACAUUAAGAAGUGGACUGGGCACGCCGCUCUGAUCAACGCCUAUGGCCCCAGUGAGACCAGUGUUAUUGCUGCAACGAGCACAAAGGUUGAUCAUGAUGGAAACAUCCUCAACAACGACCCAGGUACUAUCGGUCACGCUGUUGGUAGUCGUUGCUGGGUUGUCGAUCCGCGCAACCACAAUCGCCUCAUGCCGAUUGGCGGCAUUGGUGAGCUCCUCAUUGAAGGGCCUAUUGUUGCCAGAGGUUAUCUCAAUAACGAGACAAAGACGAAAGAGGCAUUCAUAGAGCCUCCGUCGUGGCGUGCAGGCAUGAACCUUGAGGGAGAUACCAUCGGUCGGAUGUACAAGACUGGUGAUCUGGUCAUGUACAACUCUGAGGGGUCACUCAAGUACGUGUCGCGCAAGGACACACAGAUCAAGCUCAAUGGACAACGUAUUGAGCUUGGCGAGAUUGAAUAUCAUGUCCAGGCGCACUUACCCGACUACAUCCAAGCCACUGUUGAUAUAGUUGUCCCGCAGAGCAAAGCGUCAACCAAGGCACUCGCCGUCUUCUUUACCAGCGACGAUGAUCUUGAGGAUACCUUCACCCAAGACGUUGAUCCACUUCUUGUGAGCAUGUCGAGUGCUUCGAGUGACCUUGCCCAGUCCCUCAAGUCAGCUCUCAGGGAUGCUCUCCCAUCGUACAUGGUGCCUACCAUCUACAUACCGCUGUCCAAGAUGCCAUUGACUUUGGCUGGCAAGCUUGAUCGCCAGAGGCUCAAAGCCAUUGCCAAGUCCAUACCACCUCAACUGAUGGCCUCCUACAAGCUCUCUAGCUCGUCUCGAAGCGGAGUCCACCCUACAACGGCGAUGCAGCGCAAACUACAGAAAGCCUGGGCUACAGUCUUGAACAUUCCUACCGGUCAGAUCAGCAAAGACGACAGCUUCUUCAGGCUCGGUGGUGAUUCAGUCGAUGCCAUGAAGCUCGUUCCGGUGGCUAGGGCAGAGGGUCUUGCCAUCACCGUCAUGGCCAUCUUCAACAACCCUGUCCUGUCAGACAUGGCAAUGUCUUGCAAACACUCAGAUGAAGCUCUUGUCUCCAGUGUUGACCCGUUCUCGCUUCUUUCGGACACUAAAGAUCUUUCGUCGCUCCUGCACGAGGUUGCAGAUCGGUGUGGCGUGCAAGAGAGUCAGAUUCUGGACAUCUACCCUUGCAGCUCCCUCCAAGAGGGGCUUGUUGCCUCGACUUUGCAACAGCCAGGUGCAUAUGUCGCUACUUAUGUUUUCGAGCUUCCUUUGGACAUCUCCAUUGACCGUUUCAAGCUCGCUUGGCAGAAUACUGUUGAUCGAGUCGACAUUCUGAGAACACGCAUCGUCAACACGUCGCUCAAGUCAUAUCAAGCCGUUCUUGCUCCUCAUGACAUUGAGUGGGAGCAUCACGAUGACCUCGAGUCUGCUACUACCCAGGCUGGAUCGAUACCUGAUCACAAUGGAGGAGUUUUGGCCCGCUACAGUAUUGUCAAGGCGGCUGAUAAGGGGCCUUGCCACUUUGUGUGGGUUAUCCAUCACGCGCUAUAUGAUGCGUGGAGCAUGCCGCCUCUCCUCAAACUAGUGUCUCAGUUCUACCACGGAGACACCGCCCAUGAGCCUGUGGGUGAAUACGCCAACUUCAUCAAGUACCUGGCCGACAUCAACGCUGAAGUCUCUGACGACUUUUGGAGAGCUAGGUUCCAAGACGCCUCUCUCGUAUCUCACUUCCCCAAAGUCUCUUCGGCGCCUGCUGCGCAAUCGUAUCAUGAAUCCUUGACACAUACGGUGCGCUACAGUAGAGAUGGUCUCGGCAUGGAUGUAACCAUUCCAACAAUCGCCCGGGCCGCAUGGGCGCUUGUCUUGGGGUCUCAGACUGGAUCUGACGAUGUCGUGUUCGGCGAAACUUUGUCUGGACGUGACAUUGCCCUCGAUCAUGUACAAGACAUCCUUGGACCUACAUUGACCACGGUCCCUUCAAGAGUUCACAUCAGUCGCAACAGUACCAUUGGUGACUUUUUGAAGGACCUUCGUGAACGAGCCACGGAGUUGAUCCCCCAUCAACAUGCGGGUCUUCAGCGCAUUAGUCGUUUAGACGACACCAUAGCAGUGGCCUGUGACUUCCAGAACUUGCUGGUAAUACAGUCAUCCGACCAGGAAACGGAUCUGAAUGACCUGCUGAACCCUACCCAAAACGACGUUGGCCAGAAAAGCUUCUUCACCUAUCCACUUGUUGUGGAAUGCUCCAUUGAGAAGCAUGAGCUCAUCUUGACAAUUCACCACGACAACAAGGUCAUCUCUGGUUGGGAGGCACAGCACAUCGCCCAUCAGUUUGAAGCGCUGGUAGGUCAAUUGGCGGACCUAUCGCUUCGAGAACCUACUCGCAAGGUAUCGGAUCUUCGGCUUUACAGCCAAGAGGACGUGGAGACAAUCAGAGGAUGGAACAGCCUUGUCCUACAGCCUUCAAAGGAGAGUAUUCCCGAUCUGUUCUGGCAGUCAGUAGCAACCAAUCCCAACAAGACCGCCGUUCGCGCCUGGGACGGUCAACUCAGCUACAAUGAACUUGCCCAGCACGCUUCGCAUUUCGCCAGGACACUUAUGCGACAUGGUGUACGCGCUCAUGAGCUGGUUCCAUGCUGUAUGGACAAAUCUCUCUGGACGACAAUCUCGAUGCUCGCUGUGAUACUCGCCGGCGGCACCAUCGUUCCCAUGGACCCUGCGCAUCCUUCUGCUCGUCACGCCGAGAUCACACGCGACUGCAAGGCCCGCGUUGCGUUGUGCGCACCGCAGUAUCAAGAGCGCUUCCACGGCCUUGUCGAAUCUGUUGUCUUGGUCACUUCUGGCUCGAUCACUGCCCCAGAACCUUGCACGCAGGAUCUGCCAGUCGUCGCGCCUCGAGAUGCCGCGUUUGUCAUCUUUACCUCCGGCAGUACCGGAAAGCCUAAAGGCGUUGUCAUUGAACAUGGCUCGUUUUUGACAAGCUCCAAGGCUUUCAUGAAACGCAUGAACGUGGGUCCGGAUUCGGGUGUGCUCCAUUUUGCAUCCUAUGCCUUCGACAUUUCCAUGGGAGAAACGUUCGCUCCACUCACCAUCGGCGCCUGUGUCUGCAUCCCCAGCGAAGAGAUGAGGAUGACAGAUCUUGCCGGUUCCAUGAACUCCCUCGGUGUCACUUGGGCAUUCCUAACGCCCUCGCUCGCAAAUCUUCAGGACCCCUCCAAAUUCACCACAUUACAGACCCUAGUCUGCGGAGGCGAGACUCUUACACCCGAAACGAUCAGCGCCUGGGGAGACAAAGUCGAGCUGAUGAAUGGCUACGGGCCAGCAGAGUGUACCAUAUUUGCUGUUGCAAACAGUUCUGUUUCUGCUACCAACGCUAAUAUCGGCCACGCCAUGGACGGGAACCACACUUGGGUCGUCGAUCCGAGAGACCACAACUCUCUUGUCCCUGUGGGAUGUGUUGGAGAACUUCUCAUCAGUGGUCCCAUCGUGACUCGCGGGUACUUGAACGACAGAGAACGGACGGCGGCAUCGUUCAUCGAGGACCCAGCGUGGAUGCACUUCUUCACCACCGAGUCUCUUCGUCUGUACAAGACAGGCGACUUGGUCAGAUAUUGUCCUGAUGGAUCGCUCAUGUAUCUAGGGCGCAAGGACCAUCAGGUCAAGCUCCAUGGCCAGCGCAUGGAGCUCGGUGAGAUUGAGGCUCGCCUUGAGUCUGACCCGCGUAUUCGCCAGGUCUUGGUCAAUCUACCACAAUCUGGUAUCUUCACGGGACGUUUGGUGGCUAUUGCUUCUCUCCAGGAUCCUUUGCCCGUCGAAUCAUCCCUUGCCACGUCUGGCUUUGUCCCUAUUCCCGAUUCCGCCAUGGAUGCUGCCCGGACACAGAUCUGCGCUAUACAACACGAUCUGUCCGCAACCCUUCCGCCCUAUAUGAUUCCGUCGGUUUGGCUCGCGGUCCAGACCAUUCCACUCUUACUGUCUGGGAAACUCGAUAGAAAGAGUGCAAGCAGUUGGCUUGUUGAUGCAGACGCAGACUUUUGCAAGGUCACUGUCGACUUGGAUCAUGGUCAAGAUACGGUGGAUGCGGUCAUCACACCAGUUGGCCAGCAGCUCAGACGUAUCUGGGCGUCAAUACUCAACAUUCCAGAGACAGAAACUCCUAUGAACCGUUCCCUCAUUUCCCUCGGCGGUGACUCCAUCAUGGCGAUUCAGAUGCUCACACGCUGCCAUGACCAGUCUCUUUCAUUGACCUUGCAGGACAUCAUGAGAGCUAAGGGAAUCUCUGAGUUGGCUGCUGCCGUGACCACCCAAGAAGAUCGAGUCAUUGACAACUACGAGGAAGAUGACGAUCAAGCAUUCUCUUUGUCUCCAAUCCAACGCCUCUUCUUCAACAACAGCGCCAACACGGAGCGUGGAGAUCGCUUCAACCAGAGCCAACUCUUGUCCAUCACCCGGCCUGUCGAGGUGCCUAGCCUCCAGGAGGCUCUUGAUGCUCUUGUGGAAAGACAUCCGAUGCUUCGCGCACGAUUCAACAAAUCUGCUGCUGGGGAGUGGACACAGCAUAUUUUCUCACCUGCCCAAGGUUCUUAUGGCUUCCAACACCAUGAGAUCGCUGCAGAGCCGGACAUGAUACCAUUCGUAGCCGCCAGCCAAAGCAGCAUUCAUGUUUCUGGUCCUGUCUUUGCGGUCGAUCUAUUCACACUAUCUCAUGGCGCUCAGGUACUCUCACUUGUAGCUCAUCAUCUCGUCAUUGACAUCAUUUCCUGGAUUAACAUCAUCCACGACCUCGAGGCACUACUGACCUCUACCUUCUCACCAUCCACCAAGCCCCUCUCGUUCCGCAGAUGGAAUACUUUACAGAACGAUCACAUCAACUCCCUCAGCAAUGGUGAAGCACUUCUUCCAUUUGCUGUACGACCUGCCGACAUGGAUUUCUGGGGCAUGUCAAACACUCCCAACGUCUACGGAGACAUGAAACAAAAGUCGUUCGUCAUCACAGAAGCUGAUGUCGUCUCCUCUAUGCUCGGUGGCUCGCACAGAGCCCUCAACACCGAACCACUCGAUUUAUUCAUCACAGCCAUUCUCAAAUCCUUUGCGCAGACCUUCGAUAGCCGAGAGUUGCCAACACUGUUCAAUGAGGGUCAUGGCCGUGAACCCUGGGAUAAUGCCAUUGACCUUUCGCAAACUGUCGGAUGGUUUACAUCACUCUGCCCUCUUCAAGUAUCACGACAGAGUCUCGACCACGGCGAUGAAGUCGACCAUGUUCGUAAGGUCAAGGAUGUCCGCCGGAGUAUUCCCAAUAAUGGCCGCCCGUACUUUGCCCACCGCCAUCUCACUGGCCCAGGAACGCUUCAUGAUGGACCCAUGGAGAUUUUGCUGAACUACCUUGGUCACACUCAACAAACAAACCACAGCGAUUCUCUCUUUACUGCAGUUAACUUUCCAUUAACGGAGCAAGACACUCUGACUAUCUCCGAUGUCGCGCCUGAGACCUCUCGCCUCGCUCUCUUCGAGAUUUCUAUAUCCGUCCUUGACGAAGGCAUCAGGUUUACAUUGAUGUAUAACCGACAUAUGCUUCACCAAGACGGUAUCGAGAAGUGGGUAUCCAAUUGUCAGGACAGUCUCACCAACACUACGAGAAGGCUUGCCGAGACCUCUUCUGCUCCAACACUCAGCGACUUCCCUCUCUUGCCCAUUAGCUACACAGAUCUCCACGAGAUUAUGACCACGCAUCUUCCCAGGGCUCAUGUCUCGCUCGACAUGCUAGAGGACAUGUAUCCAUGUUCGCCCAUGCAGACUGGCAUUUUGCUCAGCCAGCUUCUAGACUCAUCGCAGUAUCUGUUCCACGUUGUUCUACAAGUUAAUCAUCCCGACGGCUCUGCAAUCGACACUGAAAAACUCGUCCAGGCUUGUCACAGAGUCAUUGAGCGACAUCCAGCAUUGAGAACAGUCUUCAUCGAUACCUUACGUCAAGGUGGAUCCUUCGAUCAGGUCGUUUUGCGGCCUUUUGAGUCUCGCGUUAGCACUAUCAAGUGUCGGGAGAUCGAUGUCAUGGCCGAGCUGAACUCUAGAUCACUCGGUGAGACCAACAAGACACACCGUGGACCGAUGCUUCCCUAUCAGAUCACCAUCUGCGAAACACCACAAGGCAAGGUUUUCAUGAAACUUGAGCUGAACCACGCAGUGACCGACGGUGCCUCCACAUCAAUCCUCCUCCGAGACAUCUCCAACGCUUACACCGACAGCUUGUCUCCAACUCCACCUCCUUCGUACAAGGAGUACAUCAAAUACAUUUCAAAUCAAUCUACCACCUCAAGCCUCAACUUCUGGACAGGCUAUCUCUGGGAGUCACAACACACAGGCUUUCCGACACUCAACCCAGACUUGAUGGCUAACCGCCAACUACAGUCUGUCAUGGUCCAGUUCGACCGUUUCUCAGAGCUACAAAGCCUUGGAUCCAAACUUGGGGUGACAUUCUCAAACAUCAUCAUGGUGGCAUGGGCCCUGCUCCUUGGAGCUUAUACAGACCGCCAGGACGUCUGCUUUGGCUAUCUAGCUUCUGGACGUGAUGCUCUCAUCGAUGGCGUCGAUGGCAUUGUCGGUCCUCUCAUCAACAUGCUUGUGUUCCGCUUCCAGUUCACGACUGAGACGCUUCUCAAGACACUCUUCUCCACCGCUCGAGAUGAUUAUAUGGCUAGUCUGUCGCACCAACACUUCUCUCUGGCUCGUGUGAGCCAUACCCUGGGUCAAUCGAAGAGGGGCUUCUUCAACACAGCUGUGUCCAUCCAGAACGCCGGUGUAACGGGUGUCUCCGAGCCCGACUCGCUUACCUACGAAUCAAUCGAUGCCUACGACCCAAGCGAGUACGCCGUCACUCUCAACGCAAAUGCUACACGAGGUGACGAAGGCAUCGUCUUCCGCUACUGGACCACCAUACUUUCUAGCUCACAGGCCCAGGAGCUCGCCGUGAACAUGUCUAAGCUACUUGACGACUUCGUCGAUUACAGCGAGAAUACUCUAGUUCACCUUCGGCUAUUGCAGAGCCCCCCAGUGGCUCGCAGUACAUACGCGCAAUCGUCCGAGGUUGACGGCUCGACGUCGGAGCAGGACGACACGAACAAUCUGCCCAAAGCACAGAGCUCAGGAAUCAGUGCAUCCUCCACUUUGAUUGACCUUGGCGACGUAUCCUCCAUGUCAUCCAACAUGUUCAACUCAUUCUCCCGCGACACGAAGCAUCUACACAACAAACUAUCCGCACUAUGGAGAGACAGUCUCGAGUACCAAGGUUGUGCAAUCUCACCCACCGACAAUUUCUUCGAAUCAGGCGGCGACUCGAUUAUCGCUAUGUCCAUGGUGGGCAACGCCAGAGACUUGGACUUGCCGCUCACUGUGGCUGAUAUCUUCAAGAAUCCCGAGUUCGGCUCCUUGUUGGAUUGCCUCAAUGACAAGUCUUACAAGUAUAGUGACAGGGCUUCCAGCCACGACCACCUGGAUACCUCGACCUUCAAGAAGGAGAAGUACAUCACCAGUGACGAAACUUACAAACCCCUCUCCAUGAUUGACGCAGAUGAUGCCGAGCAGUUCGUGCGAAGCCACGUCUGCCCCGUUGUCGGCGUUUCCCGAGCCAGCAUUGUCGACGUCCUUCCAACCACCGACUUCCAGGACCAGGCCAUUCACGGAAGCCUUCUGGAGUCACGAUGGCAACUCAACUGUUUCCACUUGGACUCUUCAGGCUCACUUGACAUGACGCUACUACAAGAGGGUAUCACCAACAUCGUGGCCGCUUACGAUAUCUUGCGCACUGUCUUUAUCUCUCAUCAAGGCCGUUACUUGCAGGUCAUCCUCCGCCAUGUUCAACCCACGGUCAUCGUUGAAGAUGUGGAGAGUAUUGAUCUAUUUACUUCAAACCUUGAAUUGACCCAUCAGAACCAGGUUCCACGUCCUGAAGACUCGUCACUCCGCUUUAUAGUAGCACGCCACAAGUCAUCAGAACGGCACCGAAUAUUCAUCCAGAUAUCUCACGCGCUGUAUGACGGCGUGUGCUUCCCGACUAUCCUACAAAGUCUGAAAGCCUCAUUUGAUGGAGAGCCUAUCAGCCCGACACCCUCAUACGCAACCUACAUCCAGAAGGUGUUGGGGACAAACAAACAAGGGUCCUACUCGUACUGGAAAUCGCUUCUGAAGGAUUCAACUCCUACCAAUGUCGUCCAACGGCAGCGGUCAUCCUUACAGACCUUUUCUACCCAAGUCUUGAGAAGGGUCGUGUCUACAUCCUCGCUCGCGUCAUUCAGCAUCACAACCUCAACUGUCAUCAAGGCUGCCUGGUCAACGGUAUUGGCAAACGUCACAGGGAAGACUGACGUUGUUUUCGGCAACAUUAUUAGCGGGCGGAAUGACAGCAACAUACCUGGGAUCCAAAGCAUUGUCGGGCCUUGUCUGAACGUAGUUCCCGUACGCGUUCGCCGCCAAGCCUCUUGGACCAUUCUGGAUCUUCUUCAAUACAUUCAAGACCAGCAGGUGGACAAUAUGCCAUAUGAGACACUGGGAUUUAAAGAGAUCAUCGACAAGUGCACUGACUGGGAUGAUGAUGGAACCAACGGUUUCUCUACUGUUGUUCAGCACCAGAGCAUGCCGCGUACAGAGAGUUUCGCGAUGGGGGGAAACAUGUAUCAGGUUGGUGUGAUGGGUUCGCAGGAAGACUGCGCUGAUGUCAGCGUCGUGACGACGCCCCUGGAUACCAAUAGCACUGAGAUCUGUUUGGUUUACAACGGGAACGGAGCUAUAAGCAAUGAGUUGACGGAAGAGAUGUUUGAAAGUCUCUGCGAUAGGGUUUCAGCAUUCUCGCAGGAUCCCUAUGCUUUGCUAUAG